AACAGUUCGGUCGGAAAAGCAAAGGACUAGCCAACGAACGCCUCGUUGAAAAUUCUUGAAUUUGUGCGGAUUAUACGAAGAAGAUUGAUUGGAAAACUUAUCAAAGUGCAAUAACGUCACAAUUGGAUAAACAACAACCCUGCAGAACUUGUUCAUCAGCAAGCUAAUCUCGUCACGUGUCGGACGGCUGGUGCAAUUAGACGUUGCAUGGAAUCGGAUCGGAAGUGAAAGGCCCCACCAAUUAAGAUGUCCCACUUGAAAAUUGACACGCUGCCCGAUCCGGGCAACCGCUACCAGCUCGGGGAGUUGAUCGGAACCGGAGUUUGUGCCAAAGUGUACACAGCGGUGGAUACCAAGGCGAGCAAUAAGAAUGUGGCAAUUAAGAUUCAAAAGUACGAGGCAGAACUGAAAAUUGCCAUUCAGGAGGAGUAUCGCAUUUUACGGGAUUACUCUAACCAUGGAAAUUUGCUGGACUUCUACGGUGUUUAUCGGAAGCGCGUUCCUGGGGAGGCGGAUGAAAUUUGGUUUGUGUUGGAGUAUUGCGAAUAUGGUCCAGUGAUCGACGUCAUCAGGAAGAUCCAAAUCAAGAACCGUCGAGUAUCCGAAGAGCAAAUCGCUUACAUUUUGCGGGAAACUGGAAAAGCACUGAUCUACCUUCAUGAAAACCAUAUUAUCCAUCGAGACGUACGGGGAAGCAAUAUUCUGCUAACCAAAGAAGGAGAAGUCAAGCUAUGUGACUUUGGACUUUCGCGGGACAGCAAAUCCACGCUGGGGAAGCGUGGAACCUGCAUCGGUUCACCAAACUGGAUGGCACCGGAAAUUAUCAGCAGCUCUAAAAAUGAUGACGAAGUCUACGACAACAGAUCGGAUGUGUGGGCUCUCGGUAUCACGGCCAUCGAGCUUGGAGAUGGCAAACCUCCGUUCGGAGAUAUGCACCCAACCCGCACGAUGUUUCAGAUUGUCCGCAAUCCUCCGCCGACUUUGUACCGCCCAGCCAAUUGGACUCAGAACUACAACGACUUUAUCAUGGAAUGUUUGGAGAAGAAUCCCGACCAUCGUCCAUUUAUGAUGGAAAUCAUGGAACAUCCUUUCCUGACUGAGCUACCGGAAAAUGAUUACCAUCUGAGCCAAGAGCUCAAGAUGCUCGCGGCAUCCAUUGGUGACAUGCAGCUUCCCAAGAAGGAGGAAUUCAAACUGAUCAAGGGAGCCCUGAAGGCAGCCGAUAACAAAACGGAGAAGAUGUUUGUUGAAGAUCUGGCCGCGCUGGAAACCGUCACAGAGGAGACGAUCCUGGACGAACUGAUCCAACGUUACCGGAACGGUUCGACGUAUACCUUCAUCGGGGACGUGCUAAUUUCGAUGAACACCAACCAACCACCUCCGGAGUAUGUGCGUGGGUUCCACUCCAAGUACAUGUGCAAGUCCCGCUCGGACAAUGCACCGCACAUCUUCGCCAUCGCUGACAGUGCCUUCCAGGAUAUGCUGCACCACGAGGAACCCCAGCACGUUAUCAUGUCCGGCGAGAGCUACUCCGGCAAAACCACCAACGUCAAGAUGUGCAUGAAGCAUCUGGCCAUCCUGGGCGAAGGCAAUCCCGGAGUGUACAACCGGAUCGAAUCCGGCUACAGGGUCCUCUCGGCGCUGGUCAAUGCCGGUACGCCACUGAACUCGGACUCGACUCGGAGCAUCGUGCAAACGCAGCUGACAUUCGGUUCAACCGGCAAACUGUCCGGUGCCAUUUUCUGGGUGUACCUGCUGGAAAAGCUCCGGAUUUCCUCUACCAACAUGAACCAAUCGAACUUUCACAUAUUCUACUACUUCUACGACACGAUGGAAGCGGAGGAACGGUUGCGUGAUUUCUCGCUGGAGGGUGGUCGCAACUAUCGCUACCUUCGCAUUCCGGAAUCGAGCGGUGAAACCAAGCUCCGGUACUGCCGUGACGAUGUUCACGGCAACGUUCAGGCGUUCAAGGAGUUCGAGCAGCUGCUGCUGGAGCUCGAACUUACACCGGAACUGCUCGAAACCAUUUACCGGACGCUGGCGGCAGUGCUGCUGAUGGGUGAGGUUCGAUUUAAAGAUAAUGAAGGGGCAACGGAGUUGGAGGACUUUGAAGUUGCUACCAAAGUGGCAUCGUUGCUGAAGUUGGACGAGAAAAAGUUCCAGUGGGCACUGUUGAAUUACUGUGUGAUCAUUCGUGGCUCGGCUGAGCGCAGGCGGCACACACCGGAUGAGGCACGGGAUGCUCGAGAUGUGCUAGCUGCCACGAUCUACACUCGAUUGGUAGAUUGGAUUAUUAACACUAUUAAUCAUAAGAUGUCGUUUGGAAGGGCGAUUUACGGAGAUCAGCAUUCCAUCACCAUAACGGACCACUUCGGGUUUGAAUGCUUCCAUCGGAAUCACAUCGAUCAACUGGUCGUUAACUCGGUGAAUGAGCAGAUGCAGUAUUUGUACAACCAACGAAUCUUCGUAUAUGAAAUGAUUGAGCAGGAAGAGGAACAAAUCCCGAUCGUUCAGUUGCACUUCUACGACAACAAACUGGCCGUCGAUCAUCUGAUGAACAAACCGAAGGGCAUUUUUAGCUUCAUCGAUGACGCCAGCCGGGGUCGUCACGGUCAGAACUACAUCAUCGAUUCGAUCCACGGCAAUAACAGUCCGUUCAUCAAACGGGCCAGUGGCCAUGAAUUCAGUAUCGCUCACUAUACCGGUCGGAUCACGUACGACGCCCGGGACAUGGCCGACAAGAACCGGGACUUUAUCCCACCGGAGAUGAUUGAAACACUGAGGAAUUCCAACGAAACGGUUGUGAAGAUCAUGUUCUCGAAUCAAUUGUCCCGGACGGGCAAUCUGACGAUGGCUGCCGAGGAAGCCCUAGGAAAGCAGACGCAGAAACCGAACAAGAAGAAACGGUGGGGCGCCGCGCUGGUGGCAGAGAAGAGCAAAGCCAAGAAGAUGAUGAACACAUUGUCCAAGGGUCAGUACUCGCAGGUUCACAAAAUGCGUACCAUUUCCAAUGUGUUCCGGGCCACCUGUCUGGAGUUGAUUCGCACCUUGGCUAUUGGACCGAAUAGUGGUGGUACUCACUUUGUUCGUUGCAUCCGAUCCGAUCUGGAGUACCAACCGAACGGGUUAUCCAGGGAGAUGGUUCGACAACAGGUUCGAGCGAUGGCCGUCCUGGAUACGGCCAAAGCUCGACAGAAGGGCUUCUCGCACCGGAUCCCGUUCCAGGAAUUCCUGAGACGCUAUCAGUUUUUGGCGUUUGAAUUUGAAGAAAAUGUUGAAAUGACUAGAGACAACUGCCGUUUACUGUUGAUUCGUUUGAAACUGGAAGGUUGGGUCAUUGGGAAAACGAAGGUGUUCUUAAAGUACUAUAAUGUGGAGUAUUUGUCGCAUUUGUACGAGACGCAGGUUAAGAAGAUCAUCAAGGUUCAAGCAAUGAUGAGAGCUUUCCUGGCAAAGAGAUGCAUUGCUUCAAAGUUGAAGAGUCUACACAGAGAGUCAAUUCGAAAACGACAAACAAUGGACGAUCCAGAACAAGCAGCUUUGAGAAUCCAAACAGCUUUUCGGGGACAUAUGGCUAGGAAAAAAUACUGUCCGUUGAUUAACGAACGAACUGGAAAGCUGGACAGUGAAACGGCAGAAUUUGUGAGACCAUUCGCUACUCGAUGGAUGAAGAAAUCGAUGUAUCAAAUUUUACUGCAGUACCGCGCUGCUCGCUAUCAGGAUCUGGUCAAUUUCUCCCAACAGGUUCACAUUUUUAAUCAACGCUUUGUCGCUGGAGCUGUAACAUGUAGCAACUGUAUUCUGCUGGAGAAGAUUGAUUCAUCCCAGCGAAAUCGAGCCGUACUGGGUCAAACUCGCCCGACCGUUUGGAAACUACGUUUCCGCUGGGAUGAAAUUCCAUUCUUCGAUACGACGUACAUGUGUGAUCCGUCGGCUGUAUCGUACAUGUACACCGGGAACGAUUCCGACACCGAAGACUGGGAUGCUCCAUUGAGACGGAGGAAGAACUUAUCUGCGGAUAUAACCUACUCGGCGCAACGUGGCAAUCAGAAUGGCUCCAUGGACUACGGCAUGGCCAACGAACCGUUCCAUAGAGAUCCGAGCCUACCGAUCAAAAAAUUAUCACCCCGACAUCAGGCAGAAUACCCAGCACGUAAAUCUUCGGUUUCACCGGUGAACAUGUCUUCGGUGUACACUCCGGUUCCUUAUGCUCGGCAAAGCGUCGAUGACAUCCGAAAUAGGUUCAGCACUACGACGCCCACUAUGGAAGAUCCUAUGCCGAAGGCAGCCAUCUACAAGAAACGUCCAGCACCAAAAGCACCGGCCGUUAUGGAUAAGGAGCCAUCCCCACCGAUCGAAAGCAGAAACAACAAGAAACGACCAGCUCCGCAGCCCACCAAACAAUGGGAACCGAAAUCUGGCCAAGACUACAGUUACGAACCAAAGAUCACUCCGAGCAAGAUUAACCCGAUCAAGGAAAUGCAAAUGAUUGGCAAGAAGAGCAUGGAUGAGAACGAAGACAUGGACGACGAACCACCGUUCAACUUUCAGGGAAUGCUCCGUAAAACCAACUAUAACCGAGCUUCGAUGAAACGCGCUAACGACAACCAACGAAUGUCUAUAUCCAACUUUGAUUUCGACGAUGCCAACAACAACAACAACAACAACAACAACAAUAAUUCGUACAUGGAUAGCUUCAACCGUUCGGAGGGUAAUAUAGUCUACCAAAGCAAGAUGUCCGAGAAUCGUCCCAAGUCUUGCCAGGGUCUGGAUAAUGCAAACGGCUCAACCUCGCCAGUGUCACGUAAAUUUUCGCUUUCCCACGAUACGAUGAUGUUCAACGAAACCUCUCAGGCCGGACCAUCCCGUAGCCGUUCGCCGACGCCCUACGACGACGACAACAGGAACAACUACAUACAGGAGGAGAUCGCUCCGGGAAUCUACGUGGAGGGAUACGUCGCCGACCUCUAGGUCCACCAUCUCUGAAUUUCACCCGAUGAUUCAUUAUAAUUGUUGAUUGAUUGUUUUCUGCAAGAUUAAAGCUCUAUGUAUGUUUCACCAA